UAAAACCCGAUGUGAUUCUUCAUGCUUGUCAAUUAAUCCCGGUCAAUCAUGAGAAACAACGUUGGAAGGUCACGGUCGGACUGGGUACUGUCAAUCAAUCGGUGAAUUUUCGAGGUCAACAUGUUCAUCAAGAAGCAUUCGAACGCUGUACGGUUCUACUAUCACCCACAAGCAGUCGGUCUACGGACGCUUGUGUUCGAGUGUGCGGUCAUAUUGUGUCCGUGUUGGCCGCGGCCUCCCAGUUUGUCCAGUGUCGUCAAAAUAUACAAGAAUUACCACAACUGGCGUGGCAUGUGCUUCGACUUCUCUACUAUCGCGUAAGAUCUUAUUUAUUUACACUCGGGUUUGUUGGUGGUGGUGGUGGUGGUGGCGUUUGUCAAGCGGCUAAGGCCUGGAGGU